AGUUUUUUUUUUUUUUGGGUAGAACAUAUUGAUAGUUAUUGUAAAAACAACAUUUCGUGAAUACAUAAUUUAAACUAACAUUUGUUACCCUUAACAUGUUGGAGUAAAUAAAUUAAGAAUAAAAUCCGAACUAAUUUUAAUUUUCAGGUCCGCUACCUCACCUGUAAAUUACAACUUCAUCCGAAAAAGACGAACACAAAAAGCCGCUGAAAUAGUAAUUCUAUACACACACUAACCUCCCCUUUCCCUUUUUCUUUUUUCUUAUUUUUAGUGGUGGAUGGGUCAGUCAGCUUCCACCGUUGCCGCCGUCGCCGGAAAUCAUAACCGUAUCAAAUUCCGAUCAUCGCCGCCUGUGAUUUCUCCGACCAUGAAAGACAGCGACGGCGACGACAGCGAUGUUGUUGUCGGUGUUUCCGAUGUCGGAGGUUAUGAUUAUAGUUCUAAUAUUCCUGAUGAAUGUUUAGCUUCCAUUUUCCAUUUUCUUAGCUCAGGUGAUAGGAAGAGUUGUUCGCUUGUUUGUCGUCGUUGGCUUAGGGUUGAGGGGCAAAGUCGUCAUCGUCUUUCGCUUAAUGCACAAGCGGAGCUUUUUGCGGUUGUGUCGGUGAUUUUUACGCGGUUUGAUUCGGUGACGAAACUUGCUUUGAAAUGUGACCGUAGAUCUGCGAGUAUUGGGGAUGAGGCGUUGGUGGUGAUAUCUCUGCGGUGCAGGAAUUUGACUCGUUUGAAGCUCCGGUCAUGUAGGGAACUUACGGAUGCUGGAAUGGAAGCUUUUGCGAAGAAUUGUAACGGUUUGAAGAAGUUAUCUUGUGGAUCUUGUGCUUUUGGUGCUAAAGGGAUGAACGCUGUGUUGAAUAAUUGCUCGGGUUUAGAAGAGUUGUCGGUAAAACGGCUCAGGGGGAUUACAGAUGGAGCCACAGCGGAGCCGAUUGGUCCGGGUGUUGCUGGGGGGUCAUUGAGAGUUAUUUGUUUGAAGGAACUGUAUAAUGGACAGUGUUUUGGGCCGUUGAUUAUUGGAUCGACGAAUUUGCGGACGUUGAAGCUUUUUCGAUGUUCUGGUGAUUGGGAUAAGAUUCUUGAAGUGAUUGCUGAGAAGGUUAGCGGGCUUGUUGAGAUUCAUCUUGAGAGGCUUCAGGUCAGUGACACUGGUCUUACUGCUAUUUCGAAAAGUUCUAUUCUUGAGAUAUUGCACCUUGUUAAAACGCCUGAAUGUACUAAUAAUGGUCUAAAGAUUGUUGCUGAAAACUGUAAGCUUUUAAGGAAGCUUCACAUUGAUGGGUGGAAGACUAAUAGGAUAAGUGAUGAGGGGUUAAUUGCUGUGGCAAAACAUUGUCCUAAUUUACAAGAAUUGGUUUUAAUCGGGGUGAAUCCAACGUGUGCUAGUUUGGAGAAGUUGGCUACGAAUUGUUUGAAUUUAGAGAGAUUAGCUUUAUGUGGAAGUGAAACUGUUGGAGAUCCAGAACUGUCGUGCAUAGCUGCAAAAUGUGUUGCAUUAAGAAAGCUGUGUAUAAAGAGUUGCCCGGUAUCUGAUCAGGGUAUGGAAGCACUUGCUCAUGGAUGUCCAAAUUUGGUAAAAGUAAAGGUUAAGAAAUGUAGAUUGGUGACUUCUGAAAGUGCGGAUUGGUUGCGGACGACUAGGGGUACUGUUUCUGUGAACUUGGAUACACCUGAACCUGAAAAUCCUGAUGCAAGCGCCAGUGAUGGUGGUGUGCCUGAAGUUGGGAAUGAGAAUGGACAAGUGGCUGGCCAAGUAAGAGGUGGUGUAAAUAUUGCAUCAAGCAGUACAGGGAGGUCAAACUCCUUUAAGGCCAGGCUAGGACUUACAACAGGAAGGAAUCUGGUAGCUUGCACAUUCAGACGGUGGUCGAGCUUUGGUGGGAGUUCCAGUUCCAGAAAUAAUUAGAAAAAAAUGAUAUCUUAUGUUCACAUAUUCUGCUAUUGAUGUUAUUUGGCUUUUAUUACAUUUAAUAUUCUUGAGAUUGCAUGCUGGCCAAUGCAACAACUGCUUAGCCUUCAUGGUUGGACCUUGUCCUUGAGUUUCCCUUUUCUUUUUUAGGGCUUAUGUACAAUCCUAGUGAUGCUAUUUUUGGGCUGAUAUGCUUCCUUUAAUGUGGAGUUCUUAUCACUUCAACUGGGAUAGGACUCAACAUGCUAUCUUCUUAAAAACAAAAGAAGGAAAAGUUUAUAAUCCGUGAAGUUGUUUUUUUUGGAA